CUUAGCUCUGUCAAAUAUACUAACAAGUAAGGAAGCGACGCUGGGCGUAAAGUUUCUACCUGCGCGCUGGCUGUCACAAGCAUUCAAAGGAUCAAACAACACCCUUCAAACAAUUGCUGUGUUCGCCAGCCGAGGCAUGCGAAUUCACCGAGUACGAGUCUCCAUCGAAACCCCAAUCUUUUCUCCAAAUUCCAAUCCACAUGCACGGAAGAAGAUCCCUCCCUCGCCCGCUCGCCGCUCACAAGCCUUCGCGAAUCGAGAAAACAGGAGGCGCAGGGGCCGUUUACCCCGAUUCUGUUGGGUAGAUGAAUGUAUCGCCUUCGUGUUUCGUGUCAAAUGUUCGCCAGCUCUCACUUCGUUGAUCGAAAGCGAAACCACCAAAUUUUUUCCUCCUCCUCUUCGUUUCGAACCCCGUUCUCUCUCUCCCCACUCUCCACUAAUAGAAAUGGAUCAAAAACAAUAUCCUCACCCCGGCCCCAUGGUCCAACACCAACAACCGGGCUACACCCCCCAAAUGACCAUCCAAGGUGGUAACCGCAACGCCAAAAACAAACCCAUCGGCUCAGACGGCAAACGCGACUGGAGUGUCGGUCUCUGUGGAUGUUCAGACGAAGACGCGUGUGGAACCUGUUUCCUCGCUUGGUGCUGUCCUUGUGUUGUCUACGGGAAGAACAAGAUCCGGUUUAAUGCUUUGCAGUCUGGCAAGAGGCCAGAUAAGGAUAUUGGAGGGUGUAAUGGAGAUUGUUGGUUGCAUUGUUGUUUGACUGGGUUUGGAUGGGGUUGGGUUCUUCAGGCCUCGACUCGUUCGGAUAUGCGUGCACGGUACAACAUCGGUGGCGGAUGUUGCGGUGAUUGCUGUACCGCUCUUUGCUGUACCCCUUGUGAAUUGGCACAAGAACAUAUUGAGUUGGAGUUGGAGGAGAGGAGUAUGGGUGGUUACUGAAAACCUAAUACUAAACGAACGACCUCUUGGAGUCGACACGUUUUUUCACGCAGUCAUGUCAUCCGAUCGUUUCUUUUCGCUACUACGUUAUUUAUUGAUUUGAGUUUGUAAAUAUCCGGUGUACGCCAAAACUUAUCACUAUUCGACGUUCGGAGUCGCUCUAUAGUGGUUGAGCGAGGUUCCUUGGGCCAGGAAUUUUGGUGUCCGAGAUGUCCUGACUGUGUUUCGGACGUGUUUCGGACUGGAUUCUUCGCCAACGUGGGCUAUCACGAUUGCCAUGCAUACAGUUACCGAGCAGCUCCCUAUUUAAACUUCGCCACGGCACGUAACUUACCCCGACUUGCCCCUUGCCCCCGCAGUGGUUUUUUUGUACAUCGCCUAGACUCGCAAACGGAGAUUUUUCAAGGAUCGAUAUCACCCA